CAUACCUGUCUGUCCUCAGUUAACACUGGGAAUGGUAGGAACAGCAUCAAAACACAGCUCAGUAACUGGAAUAUCACUGGAUACAGUGUAGUUAAGAUCGUAUCACAGUGGAAGAUUUUCAGGAUGAAUCGCACCUGUGUAAACUGCUGGAAAACUAUGAUGAUAAAUCUGAACUUCCUCUGCUGGCUGUGUGGUGCGUUCGUGGUGGCUUUCGGGGAAUUCCAGAUGAUACACUCCAAGUUUUCCUCCCUCAUCACCUCCUUCUGGCCCAUCUACCCCGCCAACACUCUGGUUGUCACGGGUACCAUCGUUACCUGUGUGUGCUAUUUGGGAGUGUUAGGAGGCAUGAGGGAGAACCGCUGCAUGCUCAUCAGUUUUUUCGUGCUGCUGUUUAUUCUGAUGCUGGUGGAGCUGGCCAUGGCCUGUGUGUUCCUGGUCUACAGCAGAGAGAUUGACACGUACUUUGAGAAGGACCUGAUGCGAAGCCUCGAGAUUUACAGACAGUCCAGUCCUGAAGGCAACAAGACCAUUAAAGAUGACUUCAAUGCUGUGCAGCACCUGUUCCAGUGCUGCGGAGUUCAUGGUGUGGCCGACUGGAAGGGGAACGUCCCAAUCUCCUGUUGCAUCAAGGACCCCUGCAACACCCUCAUCCACAGCAACUGGCAGGAGGGCUGUCUCCUAAAACUCAGGAAUUGGUUUGCCAGGAACUAUCUCAGCACAGGCGCAGGCGUUGUCACAAUGUUUAUCAUACAGUUUGUCUGUCUGUCUAUCACCAUCCCUCUCUUUUGCCACUUCAGGCAACGUGGACUGGGUUACCUGUAAAAAAAAAAAAAAAAAAAAAAAAAGGACCUAUAAAACUGUAUGUGCAAUGUACAGUGACUUUCUGCAAGUCAACAGUUUCCCUGUAUCAACUUUUUAUUAAUUUCUUAUGAAUAACCAAAAGGUUGCUGCCAUUUUCAGUCAUCAGAGAGAAGAGCCAACAGGACAAAAAGCUGUUUGACCAAGAAUGAGCUGAAGAUGGCAGCUAUAAUCACUAUUGAUGAUAUCAUACGAGGUGACAGACUAUUCAAUGUAAUAUGGAAAACAUGAUAGAAGAUGUUUAACUAGUAGGUAAGGUAUGACAUGAUUAUAUAAGACAAGAUAUGAUCAUAAUUAAACUCCUUUAUGCAUUUGUGAGUUUCAAUCAUUUUCAUUUCACUUUGUAUUUUUAUUUUGUGCUUUCAGUUUUAGCAAGUAGCUAGUGCUUUCAAUUUUAGUGAUUGGAAAGGAAGAUAGUUAAACUUGUGAGUGCUCUUUUGCUCUGCUUAAUAAAUAAGUACAC